AUGCAACGUGGAAGCCAAUUAGCGGCUGCGGCUUACAGCAACCUCUCUACCCUUGAGCGUCGAUUGGCGCGAUCGAGAGCGUUGCACGGAGCGCAGCGGACCGAACGCGCGAGCGAACGCGGCCGAACAUUCCCGAACGGCGCGCGCCUCCCGAUCGCCCAGUCGACGCUCGGCGCGCCCGAGAGCGAACACCUCGACGAAUUCACGUUCGCGCUCCGCACCGCGACGGAAGAUACGAGCCCAAUAUCGCUAGUAAUUACAGGGAGAUGCCCUAAACGGAGCCAUCGGCCGUCGAUGUCGCGGCGGAUCACGGACUACAUACAUUUCAAGGUCGGCGGGGCGAGCAUGUCGGACGUGGAAUGGACCAACGACCUCGCCAUCCGCCUGAUGAUGGAGUACAAGAAGCGGCCCGAGCUCUGGGACAGUUCGCACGACCUGUACCGCGUGCACACCGCGAAAUACGAGGCGUGGUCGGAGCUGGCGAACCUGUUCGAGUGCGACAUCGUCGACUUGCGCAAGAAGCUCAACUCUAUAUUCGCUUCGCACCGGCGCGAGAAGGCCAAGGUGCGCUGCGGCGGCCGCUCCACGUGGUUCCUGUACCCGCACAUGAGCUUCCUGCCCACCCACAUCGGCAACGACGAGACCAGCCCGGCGAUCCUUAUAGUGGCUUCGGAUUCGAUCCCGGGAUCUGCGGAGCAUAAGGCGACUAAAGUGACAACUGAGAUCAGAAAACAAAGCGAGAGACGGAGAAGAAUAUUGAACCUGCCGGUGGAAAAACCUGAACCCUCCUCGGCGGAAUCGGCUGAGGAAGACCACGCCGAAGAGGACACUCAAUCGCAGGAGGUGAUCGUCAAAUCCGAACCGGCUGUUGAGUAUCCUAGACCGAGGGCAAAACGCGAGGUGAGAUGCGUCGGCCGCAAAGCCAGGGUACACAAAGUGGUCAAGAGACGAGUGGUGAAGGAUAACGAUGACGACAGAGCCCGUCUCAUCGAGACGAUACGCCUGCUAAGGAGAUCCGACCUGCUGAAGAAAAAGGACGAAUGCGACAGCUUCGGCGAGUACAUCGCCGACUCUCUACGGAAACACGACGAUCGUACGCAGAGCAUGAUAAAGCAGGCGAUAAACAACAUCCUCUUCGAGCAGGAGAUGAAGAGGUACAGCAGCAAUCAGUACGCGGUGGUGAUACCGUCCAUGGACGAGAACCCCCUCAUCCUGGGUGAUACGGAGUCCAAG